AGAUGGAGUUAACUUCAUCUUGAAAUGCCAAAUUGCCAAAUCUUCCCUUUCUAGGGAGCACGGGAAACAGUUUGCAGGAGAAGCCUGAGCUGAAUUGUCUGGGGAAAGCGUAACAACAAAGACAGAAAUUAUUUUUCUUCACAAAACUUAUUGUGAUCAUCUCUGAUAGUGCUGCAGUAAGAUUAAGAUUGCAGAGAAUUUGAAAAAAUAACCAAAUGUACCCUGAAGACAUGUGACUGAGGAUGACUGUGCUGGAUUUUUGUUCCUCUUUCCCCAAAGAAAAAGUUUAUUCCAUCGAAUACUGAACAAAAUAAGUAACUAUGUUUGGACUGAUUUUUUUCAUUUUGUUCACACCUGGAGUCAGUGAAUUUCUUUGUAGAUCAUCAGAUCUAGAAAUAUCAUAUACUUUUUGUGAUUCUACAGCUCAUACUUUCAUGUUUAAUGUGACACCUUGCAGCCUCAUGAACAAAUCCAUCUGGAAGGCUGCUCUUACCUGGGUUCCAAGAAGUGACAUCACUUAUUUGAAGAUCAUCUUCAAAGUCUGGUACGAUGGUGUUGAAGUGCUUCACUGGAAAGAAGUCCUUUGCAGCGGAACUGACGAUGAAUAUGCAGUGUGCGGAACGCUGAAAGGACGUCAGUGUGAAAAACAUACCAUGCCUUUCCCCCAUCUGGCAGAAACACUUGCAACAGAAUUUGACAUUAAAGGUUCAAGAAUAACAUUUCCAAAGAGCCAUUAUGAUAUUGUUUUACAAGGAUUCUCUGAUGAUUCUGAGAAUAAUAGGAUCAUAUGCUUGAAUUUCACCAUGAUAGUAAAACAAGACACUUUCUGAAUGUGACAAACAUUUCAAAUAAUUCCAGAACAGGGUGAUUGCUUCUGCAAGCAACUGGAAUAUGGGCUGUGAAAUAAUCAGUAAGAUAAUUUUCCUGAGGCAGAAUACAUCAUAUACCGUCUAGAAAGCUACGUGAUGGAUAGUCUUAUCCAUUUAUAGCACUGCUGUUAUCAGAUGUUCAGCCAAAGUGCACAAAAUCCCUGGGAAUUGGGCAUCUUGAUCAAUACAGAGAAUAACCCUGGUUGGAUGUAAGGCUGAGGACUGAAUUUUGGUGCAGUGCCUUGAGUUAUUCAAAAGCCAAGCCCUUCACACCAUGCUAAAUUAAUGCAAGAAAUUUUGAAGCUGUGAAGUGCAAGAACCCAAAGUUUUGCCACUACUCAAUUCAAAAUAAAACAGCAAUUGAAUCUGGGAAAGUUGUUCGGGGGGGAGGAGGUUCUUUUAACAAUAAAACUUG